AUGGCCGAAACGGAAGUGCUGGUAUUCGGCUCGGCCAUCAUUGACUUUAUAAGCUACACGACCCGUCUGCCGAAAGCCGGAGAAACGCUCCAUGGGCAUCGCUUCCAGACUGGCUACGGCGGCAAGGGCGCCAAUCAGUGUGUGGCUGCCGCGCGCCAAGGAUCCCGCACAGCUCUGGUGGCCAAACUGGGCGCAGACACCUUCGGAAGCGAUUAUCUGCGGCAUCUGCGCGAGGAGCACGUCAAUGUCAACCACGUCGAGCAGCUGGCGGAGCAGACGACUGGCGUGGCCCAGAUAGCCGUGUCAGAUGGCGGCGAGAACAACAUCAUCAUUGUGGUGGGCGCCAACAAUCGGCUGAGCUCGUGUGACGUUUCCUCGGCGGAGGCGCUCUUCCAGGAAGCCAAAGUUCUGGUGUGCCAGCUGGAGACGCCGGUUGAGGCCACCCUGACCGCUCUGAGAACCUUCCGGGGCGUGUCCAUUGUCAACGCGGCUCCGGCCAUGACCGACACACCCCCUGAACUGCUCCAGUUGGCCAGCAUCUUCUGUGUGAACGAAAGCGAGGCGGCUUUGAUGACUCAGAUGCCCGACAUUUGCAACGUAGAGCAAGCCGAAGAUGCGGUUGGAAAGCUGAUAGCGGCAGGUGCCAACACGGUGAUCAUAACUCUGGGCAAACUAGGAGCUGUAUUCGGCUCCGCCGACUCCAAGGGCGUGUGCCAGCAUGUGGCUGCGCCAAGAGUGGCGCCCGAAAAAGUGGUGGACACGACGGGGGCUGGCGACGCCUUCAUUGGGGCCCUGGCCCACCACUUGGCCCGUCAUCCAAAGGGGAAACUGGAGGAGCACAUAGCUGCCGCCUGUGCCGUGGCCUCGCAAUCCGUCCAGCUACCUGGGACGCAGUCGAGCUUCCCACGCGCUUAGAGGGAAAUCCCCGAGAGAAUGUGUCGCAACAAUAAAUCUCUAUCCUGA